UUGUGUACGGUGUAGUUUGUAUGUAGUGCGUAUUUGUUUUGAAAUGAUGUCCGACGCUGAUCACAAUUCUGUUUAUCAUCGCAAAAUGGCAUUGCUGCAAGAGAAACUGCGGAAAAGUGAAGAAGAAAGAUUGAAGUUGGAAGAAAAAUUCUCAGUUAUGAUGAAAGAGUGCAAGGAAGAAGAAGAAGAAAGACUGAGCCACUUAAAGUUGCAGUAUGAAAGCUUUCUAGAAGAAGACAGGAAAAGACGAGACAGAAAUGACAGGAUCAUGAGGUCACUAGACAGAAUAGAAAAUAGAGCUGCGACACUCAAUGCAAAAUCAAAAAGAUUAAAGCUGUUAAGGGAACAUUAUGAAGCUUACCUGAAGCGUGUAUAUCCAACAUGGAAGAAUAAGAGUCCAAGUAUCGCAUCUGCUAGAAAUAAUCACACAGGGCAUAGCCCAGUUUGUUUUGAUCAGCACAUUGAAUCGUCAUAUGCUGAAAGCUUUACAACUCCAUUCACAACCAAUCGUAGAAAUUCUGUUUCCUUCUCAGAUAAUCUAACAUCAUCUCCAAGAUUAAUGGAUAUUUCGUACUCACCAAGAAACUUUGACGAUACUAUGAGCCCUAAUGGUUUUCCUAGCUAUCAGCAACGCACUCUAGAUAGAGAGGUCACUGGAGGUAAAUCAAAGUUUCCAACAAAUUUGUAUGACAAUGCUGCAAUAAAAAAAGGAUUGGAAUAUGAUCAUGGUCCUAACAAUUAUAUCAGAGGAAUGAAAACAGAGUUUAACAAUACAGGCACAUUACAUGACAGCCCAAAUAUCAUAAAUGGAUACUUGGGAUUGACAGGGCAGUCAGCUGUUUCAAACUCAGACAUUUACUUCAGUUCUGACACUCAGAAGUUCCCUUCCACAUUUGAGAACAGAAUGCAAAAUUUGAAUGAUAGCAAGACAGAAAUUCAUGGUCCACGAGACAGACUUCAGUUCUUACAUGAAAAUAACAUUAUGGGCAAUAUGGAAAGAUCUGUAAGUGUAGUGAAUUCUGUGAAGGGAGAUUUAAGUCCUGUGUACAAAAAAGAAAGUAAGGAUCUGGCUGCUGGUAUGGCAGCAGACAUAGAUUGGGAGCAGAAUACCAGUCGUGAUCUUCUCAAUAUGUCUCUUACAGAUGAUGGAAAGGUUUCAAAUGGUCCACGGAAAGCAGAACAACUAAUGAAACAUCAGCAAAAUUUACAUGUACUUAAAAUGCAGAUGGAGGAUGUAAAAACACCAGUGACAGAAGAUAGUUAUGCUGAGAACCAUGAUCACAGCAAAGAUUUUCUUGAGGAGCAUAUUCAAACACAUGUUAAAGGAGAUUUGUCUUCAGAUUAUAACAAACAGAAAGAAAUUGGAACUGUUUCUCCACAUAAGACUUAUGUCCAAGAAAGCCACGAUGAAAAAGAUGAACUGGAUGGUAUACACUCUGUAGAUAAUUCUACUGAUGAUAUUUCUAUUGAAAUUGGUAGAAAAAUCGAAAGAGCUCUGUCUUCUGAAAGAGAAACAGUAAAACCAUCAGGUUCUCCAGAAAGACAGAGAAAUCUUGACAUAAUAAUGGAAGAAACCAACAAUACUGAAGAGACUCAUUCACAAACUAAGUCAAUGCCAGAAAAAACUAAUGACUUUUCUGUGAAUGACACUGAAUUGUUAAGUGGUGCCAUACUGACAGAAGAUGACGAGCUGCAGUAUAGUUUGAGUAAUGACACUGGACAUAAAGAGAUCAAUGAGCAGCAGAUAAUUUUAGAAGAGAAAGCUGUGCACAGGACUGCUUUGCCUGUACAAGGUGAACAAAUAACAUCUGACUUCAAGUCCCAAAGUAGAGACCUUUCAAGGGGAGACAACCACACAAAUUUUGAAGGAAAUGGCAGUGAAGUAAAUCAGGGAACUUAUGAGAGUAAUAUCCAAAAUGUAAAUGAUAAUUUGAUGUAUCUUCAGCAGCCACAGAAUGUUUAUGAAACUGCUCCAGCUUAUACCGAGGACAUCAGGCAAACUGUGUAUGGUGAUUAUAAUAAUGGGAUAGUAAAUGCUCAGGAUGGUGAACAAUAUUUGCAAGAGGCUCCUAAUCCAGAAGUUCUUGCUGAAACAUAUGAUGUGCCAGCUGCAAACUUUGACAGUGGGCUUCAACCAAUACAAACUGGAGGUGGCGACAUGAAUGUAUCUGGAGUUAUAUUUGACAAUACCCAGGAUCAAAAUUAUAUUUAUGAUACUGUACAGAAUGUACAAGACAAUUAUAAUCCUGGUGGAGAAUUAAAUGAAAAUUUUUAUGUGGAGACCUAUGAGUCAUCAGAUCCUAAUUUUGGACAGCAGUUGCAGCCAAACAAUGUUGUUCCUGAUCAGAACUGGGAACCAUAUAAUGAGAUGGCAUUUCAAGGUGACAGUGGUCAAGAUGAAGUUCAGUCUACUUAUCAGAACUUUGGAAUACAACAAGAUGUGGACACCCAGAACUUGCAGCCUGGAGAAUUUAUAUAUAGUCAGGAAGUCCCUGGCAAUGACCCUCAGUUCUACACAAACAAUUUAGAGCAACAGGGAGCAUAUAAUCAACAACCAGGUGAGGACCAGUACUUCUAUGGUGAUGGUGUGCAGACUGGCAGUGUUCAAGAAGAUGUAAGUGGCAAUCAGCUUGAUUAUGUAACCAAUGAUGCUGUAUUAGAACAACAAACAUACCAACAACCUGAUGAAGGGGAUGGAGGUUGUAGUCCACAGCCUGAUGAUGAGCCUAACUGUGUAAUGGACAAGGCUGAUGAUGGGGUUGCAAUUUCUUCCAGUCAAGUAUUUGACAAAAACCAACUUCCUGACAUUCAAAUACAGCAAAAGUCAUCAGAACAGAACACUGAAAACUUGCAUGCAGUGGCAAGUGAAUCAUGUGAGGGAUCUAGCAAUAAUUCUGAAAUGCAGAGAGAAAUGUUAGAAAAACAAAAUGCUUGCAAUAGUGAAGCUGUUCCCAAUACUGUGCGAGACUCAACAAAUUUAUCUGACAAUCUGGAGACAGAAAACACAAGAAUCAAGGGAGAAUUUUGUCAAGAUCCUAAUGGUAUGGAAACAGUACUGGCACCUAGUGAAACUACUGACAAUAAGAGUGAUGGUGGGACAGGCAUUGAACAGUCUCCCAGUACAACAGAGAUUGCAGCAAAAAAGGCAAGUAACGAUGUGCAGGGUGAUGGGAGAUGCAUUGACUUACUUAACACUAUAUCAGAAGACGUGAAAGAUGAAACAGCUCAUACAAACGGCAGCAAUUCAUUUAAAGAUGCUCCAAGAAAUGAUCAGCACAAAGAUAUCAUAAGUGGACAUCAAGAGGUUGUGGAAAGCAAUAUUAUUACUAAAUCAGAUGAGAAAGUGUCAAACAGUGGGGACAAGAGAGAGGAGAUGAACACUUAUUCAAACAAAGAGCCAUCUGAUUUAGAAUCCGCAAAGUCAGUAAUAUCAGGGGAAGAGGAAUUUACCGAGUCAUUUGAUGGAGGGAAAUAUCAUGAACCAACUGUGGGUUAUGAACGUGGUAUCCCUGGCUACAAUAAUGCUGCUGACAGUAGCACAACUGAAGACUCAUCAGAACGCUGGACAACAAUGCCGAAGAAGACAAGGCAACAGAUGACUCUCAAGCUACAAAAUAAGAAGGCAGAAACUACGUUGCCACCCGACGAAGAUAGUUCUGAUGAGUCAGAACAAAUACAACCUGUGUUACAUGCACCACAUGUAAGAGGGACUUCUCGCGCUGACACCUCAGAUGAUUCAGAGCAGCUAGAUAACAGGAUGGCAACUGAAACUCAGAAUAGGACACUUCGGGGUAACCAAAAAGAACCAUUAAAUACUGGAGAAAAUACUUCUAUGCAAGGAGAAGGUAAACUGGGCAGGUUACCUGCCAGAGCAUCAUCGAAGCUCCCUGUGAUCUCAACUGUGUUGGACUCUGAUAAUGAAUCAUUACACCUUGGCAGUGAAUCAAGCAAGACCUAAAAAUAUUGUGUCAAUAACACACAGUCUGCAGAAACCAAAAUACUUUAGUUGGUUUUAGUGACUAGGUCAGUUGUAUUACAGGGAGAGAG